GCCCUGGAAGGUAGUAGCGAGUAGGAAAUAGACGAGAUUGACGUGUUUCCGGUACAAUAUUAAGGUGGGAGGAGGAGCUACAGGCCGGGGCAGCAGGUCCGUCAGAGGCAACAGAAAACCGUGUGGAAUUUGGAAAACGCGCGGUCGGAGCUCGGUGCUUCUUAUUUUGCCGGUGGCUGGGGAGCUCCACGUGACCGGGGAACGUGAUCCCACUAGAGGGGAGGCGCUAGGGCUGCGGGGCCUGUUCCUCUCCCCCUGCCUGGCUUAGUCCCCGAGGGCUCGGUGCCACAGGAUCUGCCCGUAUCCCCUGUCACCCCCAGCGCCUUGUUAUUGCCUGAGAUGCGCCUUGUCCCCCGCCUGUUCUACUGAGAAACCCCCUCUGCAUCCACCUCAGCGGCCUCACCACCAAACCGGAUUCUGUUGCUUUCUCUGUCACUCAUUAACUUCCCCUUUAAUCCUCGUCUCCUGGGGAGUCUCGGGCACAUGUUUAGCAUUCACUUCUGCAAGGGAACCGUGUACUGAGAGGAUUGGCCCCUGGAUUAGCCUGGGCCCCUGCAGCUCACACCAUUAUCCUGGGCCCCUGCAGCUCACCCCAUUAGCCUGGGCCCCUGCAGCUCACCCCAUUAGCCUGGGCCCCUGCAGCUCACCCCAUUAGCCUGGGCCCCUGCAGCUCACCCCAUUAGCCUGGGCCCCUGCAGCUCACCCCAUUAGCCUGGGCCCCUGGAGCUCACCCCAUUAGCCUGGGCCCCUGCAGCUCACCCCAUUAGCCUGGGCUCCUGGAGCUCACCCCAUUAUCCUGCAGCUCACCCCAUUAGCCUGGGCCCCUGCAGCUCACCCCAUUAGCCUGGGCCCCUGCAGCUCACCCCAUUAGCCUGGGCCCCUGCAGCUCACCCCAUUAGCCUGGGCCCCUGCAGCUCACCCCAUUAGCCUGGGCCCCUGCAGCUCACCCCAUUAGCCUGGGCCCCUGGAGCUCACCCCAUUAGCCUGGGCCCCUGGAGCUCACCCCAUUAGCCUGGGCCCCUGGAGCUCACCCCAUUAGCCUGGGCCCCUGCAGCUCACCCCAUUAGCCUGGGCUCCUGGAGCUCACCCCAUUAUCCUGCAGCUCACCCCAUUAGCCUGGGCCCCUGCAGCUCACCCCAUUAGCCUGGGCCCCUGCAGCUCACCGUAAGCUUGGAUUCUGGAUAUACUGAUCCCUCUAUAUCUCCCCCAUGCUGGAUUCGUCUGGGACACAACUCAUCCUCACACACACUGACCAUGGGGGAUUUCUAUGAUCCAGAAUACCCAACUGAGUCAGGGAAUAAUGAGAUCUCAGCACAGGAGGAAAAGCCGAGCUGUCCGAUUGCCAGCUCGCUAGCGGAACCCCCUGCUUACCAACACAUGCCUUCCUGCCUGGACCCCGACAGGGAAGAAGAGCAUGAGGCCAAAAAUGAGUCCUCUCUGGCUACAGCAUCAUUCAGCAAGUCCAAUCCCUUCAAGGCGCUCCCUUCAAGCCGUUUCUUGCCAAAAGGAACUAAAGCUAAGGUGAACCUGGAGGAACAAGGCCGGCAGAAAGUCUCCUUCAGCUUUAGCCUUACUAAGAAAACAUUUCAAAAUAGGCUACUUGGUCCUCUUGGCAAUGACAAGCAGAAUGAAUCACAAAGCCCAGCAGAACACAUAUCAAAACUUAAAAUGGACCUUCAUGAUUUCACUGGUGCAACAGAGGAGCAACCCAAACCCAAAGUAGAACUGGGCAAAAUUAAUUUAAAAAAACACCCUUUGAGUGUUCCUAAUAAGCUACCAGCACAGCCACCCCCUCCUCUACCUCCGACGUCCUCCUUACUAGCACCAACCUCCCCUGUGGUAUCAACCCAAGUAACACCAGUAGAACAACUUUCUUCUCCAGAGCAUGAAGUAGCACCUGCAAUAUUUACUUUGGGUUUAUCAUUGACAAGUGAAAAACGCCCUUCUGUGGUCCCCUCCCAGACCACACCAACAAAAGAAGUAACGCAAGUGACAUCUGAUGCAAAGGAAUCGUCAGAAUCAUUGAUUGAUUCAAAGGGACUGGACAAAAAAGAGAACUCUGUAGUUUCUAAUUUAGAAACCCCAAACAAUCAGAAAGUUUCUGAGAAAGCUGAUUUAUCAUUGCAAAAAGAAUCUUCCCAUAUUGGGAAGGAUGAAAAAGAUUCAUGUAGUUCGCAAAAUGCUAAAUCAAAUCCUAGUCCAGAAAAAUCAAGUUUGAAAUCCAAGUUCCCUCACUCCGAUGGGGUUGUGAUGGGCUCAGAGUCCGACGAGGACUCAAUUCAAACCUCUUCAAGCCACAAGUCACAUGAGUUAAAAGCUGCUACAAGCAAAGAAAGAGACUCAAAAAGAAGCUCUGUGAGGAGCGAGGAUUCUGGAAAAUACUCCUCUUCACGAACAAAAUCUACAAAGGAUGAUAAAUAUUCUAAUUAUUCCAAGUCAGAUAGAGAUUCAAGAUACAGCUACACACACUCUAGGUCUGAUCGUGACCGAAGGCGCAGUAGGUCUCGUUCCAGGUCCAGAUCAAGGUCAAGGUCUGACAGGGGCUCCAAAAGUAGCUCUUCAUAUUCUAGAUCUGAACGUUCACAUUAUUAUGAUUCUGACCGUAGAUACCAUAGGAGUUCACCUUACAGAACGAGGUAUUCCCGCUCCUAUGCAGACAGCCGGACAAGAGGCAGUUCUGAUUCUGAAGAUGAUCAUAGGAGGACCCAUUCCAGAUCUAGUGACUCUAGGCGUCCAUCAUCCUCUCAUUCCUCUUCAUACAGAGAAUCUAGAACUUCAUCACAUUCUAAAUAUGACAGAGAUUCAAAGGGAGAGUCAUCUUAUGAUUUGGAUAGGAGGGGGAGGGACUCCAGCAGACACGAAAGGGAUUCUAGGAGAUCUUCAGAAAAAGAAACAACCAGAAAAGCAUCUCCUAAAAAGACUUCCCCUAGAAAAGAAGCAGAAGAAAAACGAGAGUGGUCACAUUCCAAAGCAGAUAACAGUGUCAGCUCUAGUUCCAAAUUCAGCUCAAAGCAGGAACAUUCAACCUCUGUAACUAAACCUUCAAAAUGGGAUGUAGAAAAGAAGCAAACCCAUAGUGGUGUAGAGAAAGAGGAGCACAAAAAGUGCAAAGAUGAGAUCCUGUCCUCAAAUGUUUCUGUUAAGAAGACUAGUUUUCCAGCUCACCAGCAAACGUCUCCUCUCUAUGCUAAGCGCUCUGGUCACUUUACAUCCUCUUCUUCUGGUUCAGAGCUUACUGAAGAGAGAGACAGCAGCAGUAAAACCUCUAAGAAAAUGUCACAGGAUGCAUCAGUAUCAAAGUAUGAUGAUGAAGAUGAUGAUGACGAUGAUAAGCGGCAUAAAAGUCCUUUCCAAGGGAUUUAUAAUCUGUCUCCCAGUGAAACAUGGGAUUUUGUAACACUCAGUACCACUGAAGACUUGGAGCCAGAGGAGCACACUACCAGCUCUGAUAACUGUAAAUCAGAUGUACGUGGUAAAGAUUCAGAAGAUGAUUCGCAACCCAGUCCACCUAAAGUCACUAAGUUGCACACUAGAACCAAUAAAGCCAGUGAAAAUUUGCAGGAUUGUAAAAGUACAGAGUCCCCACACAAAUUCAAGAUCAGUGAGUUACAUCCAAGGACCCAUAAAGUUAGUGAUGAUUGGCAGCCACGAACGCACCAAAUGAGUGACAGCUCUCAUCGCAGAACGCGUAAAUCAAGUGAUGACUUGCAAUCUAGGUCCCACAAAGUGUUUAAUGACCUGCAGUCUAGACCUCAUAAAACAAGUGAGGACCUACAGAUCAAAAUGCGUAAAGUUGAGGACGACCUGCGGCCUAGAACCCUUGAAGUGAGUGAUGACUCUCAACACGGUUACCUUAAAGUAAAUGAGGGUGUGCAUCACAGACCCUGUAAAACAAGUGAUGACUUGCUGCUGAGAACAUGUGUUGGUGAGGAUUCAUGGACUAGAACUCAUAGGGUCAAUGAUGGCUCACAGUCCAGAUCCCAUAAAGACUGCCACAACUUGCAACCCAGAACCCAUAAAGCCAGUGCAGACCUACAAUCGAAAACCCCUAAAGUGAGUGAUGAGCCGCUGCCCAGAACCCCUAAAGUGAGUGACGAGCCGCGGUCCAGAACCCCAAAAGUGAGUGACGAACCACAGCCCAGGACCCCUAAAGUGAGUGAUGAGCCGCAACACUCCAAAUCCCCUAGAGUGAGUGAGGAGCCGCAGCACCACAGAACCCCUAACAGGGGUUUUGAUAACCAUCCCAGAACCCCUGAAGCAACUGGCACUGCAAAGCCCAGAGCCCCUAAUGCAACUGACGAACCCCAGUCAGAAACUUUUAUAGUAGCUGAUGACCAACACCAAUCACCUAAUGCAGCUGAGGACAUGAGUGACAUGCUUCCCGAAAUCCUUAAAGAUGGCAAAGACCCACAACCCAUUACCUGGGCUCACAAAGAUAGCAACAAUUCACAUCCCAAAACCCAUAUAGUCACAGACUUCUCACACUCUAGAGAUCCUAACGUCACUGAUGACUUCAAGCCCAAAACUCAGAUUGAUACUGAUGAUUCUGAACCCAGCACCAAUAAAGGUUUGGAAAGAAAUCCGCAGGAUAGCUUAGUAGUCAUGACUCAUGAUUCUAAUGAAAUGAUAGUUUCUAUUCCUGUAGUAGAACAUCCAGAGAAAUCACUAGUAAAAUGUGAAGAAGUUAAAUUAGCUCUACCCAAAUGUCCUCCUAGAACUAUAGAGACUGAUGCUUAUGAAACCCACGAAUAUUUGCAUGUUCGUAAACAAGAAACUUGUAAUUCAGUACCUGAAUGCCAAAAUAAAAUGGCCUCUAGUACAAUUGAUGAGCAAAAUGACUUUCAGACAAGGGAGAAAGAAACAGCUGAAGCACUGCUUAAGACGUCCACAAGUCAAGACCUUCAAAGCCAAGUGACUGGUCACCCACUAGAGGGCAUUUCUAUAUCGGAGGAAUCAACCAUUUCAGUGACAAUACCCGUCACUGAAAAUAAAGAUGACGUUUUGGACAUCGAUACUACCCAAUGCAGUAUAUGUGUUGAUGAUUUGCAAAGUAGACCCACACCACACAUUCUUGGCAAAGAAAGUCAAUCUCUAGAAGAAGCCGCUCCUUUAGAGAUCCAGGCUACUGAAAGGAAAAAUAUCCACAAUCCUGAAGAGAUUGUCCAACACAGUAAAAGCAUAGAUGAGGAAACAAAAUUUGACAAGGAGGAGCUGGUUAAAUUUGAGCUUGAAAGCUGUUACCGUGAGACCGAAAGAGACCCAACAGAAACAGUCGGCACCAAAAACACAGAUUGUAUAGGUGCUAUCAAUGAUUAUUACUCAGACUCCGAAGAAAGUGAAAGUGACACAGAGGACACUGAUUCAGAUGACAGCAGCCUGCCCAGAAAUCGUUUGCAAUCUGUUGUUGUGAUCCCCCAAAAUUCCAGCAUUGCAAAUGAAGAACACUGCAGGUCUCCUUACCAGAGCCAGCAUGAAAGUCAACCCCUCUCUGACAGCUGUGAAACUGACAUGGUGGAACCAAAAGCUGUUGAGGUUAAGCAGAAAUGGGUAGUGCAAAAAGAACGCAGUCCACCAGCUAAGAAAUCAGAUGAGACUGUAGAAGACCAUCAAACUGUGCCACUUAAGAAACAAAGUGUUGGUGUUGUAAGCACCAGCCAACCUGAGGCUACUGCACAUAUAAGUACUGGGGAGAACCCAACAGAAUGUAAAGCAGAACAAGAGAUGCCAACAUCAACAAACAGAAUUUGUCCCCAAAAAGAGAAUGAAAAAGCAGAACCAUCUGAGGCUUCUACCUUUGACCAAUCACACCAGCAGCCUCCUUCAAGUUCUGCUAAGAAAGCAGACAUAAUACUGGAAAGAGUACAUAAUGAGCCUUCUAAAAGAACUAGAGAUUUCUCAAGAAGUGAUGGUUUCCAGUCAGCAGAGGACUUGUCUGGGCUUGGCUGGGACUUCUCCCAGCCUGAGAACCCUAGUAGUACAUACCAGCAACCUGACAGUAGCCACAUGUAUGUGGAUUAUCCUUAUCAGCAAGCUUUUGGUGGCUCUCACGUUUACAGGAAAGACAAUGGUUAUUGGGAUCCUAGAGUUUAUGAUAAAGGUGCUCAAGUAAUGUACAGCAAACCUCAUGGCCCUGCUCCAGACUCUGUAACACAUUGUUAUGAUGAAGAUGAUGAAGAUUUCAACUGGGAUACUGAUCAUGGACAAACCUUUCCAGUUCAGCCAGAGCUGCUCCAUAAUGAAUCCAGCUCCGUGCAAGCUCAUGAAAUCAGCAGCAACUCCGCAAAGACAAUGGCCGUCACUCCUAAAGUAAUCCUGGAGCAGCCAGCAAAGGCGUCCGACGUGAAGGAACGAGGGCCUCCUAAAAAAAGAAGGCAAGAACUAGAGAAUGACUUUGAAAGCGAUUUGGAGGCUCUGGAAAAGAAACAUAUAUUGGAGGGGGUCUCGACUCCGUUAAAACAAGAUGGUGGGGCCUAUUUGUGCAGCAUGGACGAUUUUCGGGACUCUCAGCACUGGAAGGAUUUUUCCAGGCAGGGUAAAAUGCCCCCCUACUUUGACCUGAUUGAGGAGAAUUUAUACUUAACAGAAAGAAAAAAGAAUAAGAGUCACAGGGACAUCAAGAGGAUGCAGUGUGAGUGUCCUGUCCUCUCCAAAGAAGAGAGAGCCCAGGGGGAGGUGGCUUGUGGAGAGGACUGCCUGAAUAGGCUGCUGAUGAUAGAAUGCUCUUCGAGGUGCCCAAAUGGGGAGUACUGCUCUAACAGGUGUUUCCAGAAAAAACAGCAUGCUGGAGUGGAAGCUAUCCUAACCGAGAAGAAGGGCUGGGGGCUCCGAGCUGCUAAAGACCUCAAACCAAACACCUUUGUUCUGGAAUAUUGCGGGGAGGUCUUGGACCAUAAAGAGUUUAAAUCCCGAGUAAAGGAGUAUGCCCGCAGCAAGAACAUCCAUUAUUAUUUUAUGGCUCUGAAGAACGAUGAGAUCAUUGAUGCCACACAAAAAGGAAACUGCUCUCGUUUUAUGAACCACAGCUGUGACCCCAACUGUGAGACACAGAAGUGGACAGUGAAUGGACAGGUGCGAGUUGGGUUUUUUACCACGCGAUUGGUGCCUGCCGGGUCUGAGUUGACUUUUGACUACCAGUUCCAGAGAUAUGGCAAAGAGGCCCAGAAGUGCUACUGUGGUGCCCCCAACUGCAGGGGUAUUCUGGGAGGGGAAAACCGGGUCAGCGUUAGAGCGGCCGGUGGGAAGAUGAAGAAGGAGCGGCCACGCAAGAAGGAUACGGUUGACGGGGAGCUGGAGGCUCUGCUGGGAAAUGGGGAAGGUCUCUCGGACAAAAAUCAAGUGCUCAGCUUAUCUCGGCUUAUGGUCAGGAUUGAGACUGUAGAGCAAAAACUGACCUGUCUUCGACUAUUAAAGAACACCCAGUCGCAGUCCUGUCUGAAAUGGUUCCUUGAUUGUCAUGGCCUGUCGGUCCUGUGGAUCUGGAUGGCAGAGUUGGGAGACAGCCGGGGAAACACCAAUAACAGCAUUAAGCUGCAGCUAGAGCUCAUUAAAACCUUGGAAAUGCUACCUAUUCCUAAUAAAAACAUGCUGGAGGAAAGCAAAAUUCUUCCGAUCAUUCAGCGUUGGUCCCAGACAAAGACCGCAAUCCCCCAAUUGAGUGAAGGAGAUGGAUAUUCAAGUGAAAAUACUUCCCGUGCGCACACGCCUCUCAAUACACCGUCUAACCCCUCCGAACCAGCCGCCAAACUGAGUAUUGAGAUGGAUGGAGAAACUCCCAAAAAGCUUGUGCUCCGCAGGCUUAAAAUUAUCAGCGAGAACAGUAUGGACAGUGCCGUAUCUGAUGCAGCCAGCGAAAUAGAAGUGAAGGACGCACCGGAGAAAACCGAAGCACUGUCCAUGGUUGAACUGAAAGAUGCUCCCUUGGCCAAGCAGGAAGGGAUUAAAGAGGAGCUUAAAACAGAAGGUGAGACACCUCCACCAGAUAAAGAGGACCUAGCAGCCACCGAAGAACAGAAAACAGUAAUUAAAACUGAGGGAGACUCGGGGCCAGAUACAUGCAAAUCAGAGACCCAGGAUGCUGAGAAGAAAGAAGGCAAUGGAGUGAAGGUGGAUGAGACCUCUGCUGUGGAAACCCCAUCACAAGAUGAAGAGGAAGGGGUGUCUGAUGUGGAGAGCGAGAGGAGUCAGGAACCUGCAGACAAGAUACUGGAUAUGAGUGAUCUGGCUACCAAGCUUCUAGACUCCUGGAAAGAUCUGAAGGAGGUGUAUCGCAUUCCCAAGAAGGUUCAAGUGGAGAAGGAGAACAAUGAUCGCUGGAGAGAUUCAUCAGGCUCCACUUACACGACUCCAACCCCCAAAAGUAGAGAGCGAGAUCUGGACAGGCAGAGCCAGAGGAAGCGAAAGCAGUCACCAUCUCCACCAGCAUUUUAUGGUUCAAAGCGGGUGGAAGACAGUAGGUAUGACACCCCGGCAUCCUCCAAGAAGAAGGGGAGACUGCAGGACCGUAACAAGCUGAGCACUGAAGAGCGCAGGAAGUUGUUCGAACAGGAAGUGGCUCAAAAAGAGGCUCAGAAGCAACAGCAGCAGAUGCAAAACAUGGGCAUUGCCUCCCCUAUGCCUUAUGAGUCUAUUCCCUAUGGUGCACAUCCUCCUCCUCCUCCAUUCAUUGCCUAUCCCCAGGGGUACCCCAUCCACUCUUUUAUGGAUCCCACAAAUCCAAAUGCUGGAAAGGUGCUAUUGCCCACUCCACCUCUGGACGCUAUGCCAUCUCCAAACAGCUUUGAUCCUUCCCAGGGGAUGGUGGUUAAUCCUAGUCUCAUGCCAUCCCAGCCGGUUCCUGUGGUGCAACAUAUAGUAGGCCCCAUGGAAGUUCCUACUCAACAGUAUGUCCCCCAGGGUGAAACAAUGGUCCCUCAGGAAACAAAUUUGGCUGUUCUUCCAGUGCCUGCACCUACCCCAGUGCCUCCUCAGAACUAUGGAGUGUGGGACCCCAAUCAGCAGGCAAUGCCAUUGCCACCACCCCAACAACAAUCCCAUUAUCCACCUGCACCUUCACAGGCGGCUAUUUACUACCAAGGACAGACUUGCCAGCCCAUGUAUGGUGUGCCAGCAGCCUAUGCACAGCCUCCCCCACCUGUUGUACCGACCUAUACACAGGCAGGCUUGUCAUACAUCACAGGCCAGCAGAUCUAUGCCCCUCACCCACCUGGCAUAGUAUUGCAGCAGGGUCCUGCACUGGCUACCAUUGUGGCUCCUGGACAGCCUCCAAUGCAGCAGCCUGAGAUGGGAAUGGCACCAAGCAAUGUCCUGGACCUUCCUCCACCGUCACCCCCCAAACCCAAAACCAUUGUUCUUCCUUCUGGCUGGAAGACUGCCCGGGAUCCUGAGGGCAAAAUCUAUUAUUACCAUGUAAUAACAAGACAAACCCAGUGGGACCCGCCUGCCUGGGACAGCCCAGGGGAUGAUGUAGCCGGCUUAGAACAUGAAGCAGAAAUGGACCUUGGAACCCCGACUUAUGAUGAGAAUCCAAUGAAGUCUUCUAAUAAGACCAAGACAGCGGAAGCAGACACAUCGAGUGAGCUGGCGAAGAAGAGCAAAGAAGUAUUCAGAAAGGAGAUGUCUCAGUUCAUCGUACAGUGUCUGAACCCCUACAGGAAGCCCGACUGUAAGAUGGGAAGAAUAAACAACACAGAGGACUUCAAGCAUCUAGCACGCAAGCUGACUCACGGGGUCAUGAACAAGGAGCUGAAAUACUGCAAGAACCCAGAGGACCUCGACUGUAACGAGAAUGUCAGACACAAAACCAAGGAGUACAUCAAGAAGUAUAUGCACAAGUUUGGGUCUGUUUAUAAACCCAAAGAGGAUAUCGACAUUGAGUAGCCCCCCCCCCCAGUAUGAAUUGACCGGUCCCAGUAGGGGGGCGGUUCUUAUUUUUACAGUGUAAAAUAUUAACAGUAAGCCGCGGAUUCCUAUUGGUGCACUGCUUUUCUCUCACGUUCCUUAAACUCAUUAAUUUUUUUUUUUUUUUUCUUUUUAACUACAACUUGCAGUUUCCCCGUCACACUGAGGCUUCUGGGAGUUGGACAGUGCCAUCUACUGGUGACUGCAGGCUUAGCAUCACUACGUGGGGGGUCUCUUUCCUCUGUGUGUCUCUCCCAUAUACCCCCCCAGUUCCUGACUGUACAGCGCAAUAAAUUGUGGGCAUCUUUUUUUUUUUUAUUAUUAUUUUUGUUUCUCCUUUUUGAGAGCCUGUAUUAUAUUUUAACAUAUGUGAAUACGAUGAUAUAUAUAAAUAUAUAUAAAUUACUUUUCAUCUACCAUGUACUCACGGAGAACUCUGACGAAGGAGUGCUGAUAAGCAUGUAAAUAGGAUAUUGCCGACAGCUCAUUGUGGGGUUUGUUUUUUUGUUUGUUUUUUAUAAAUUCUGUCUCGAUUCUUAUGUUUUUCUUUCCCGGCAGUUUGUGCAUCGUUCGUGAAUUUUUGAUUUUACUGCCUAUAUCGUUUUACUUUAAAAUUUUUACUGAAUUUUUUUAUGUAUAAAAGAAAAGAAAAAAAAGAGAAUAAAAUGAAUUUGCCUACAAGGAUA